UGACAUUUGCACAAAGUCCAUCCCGGUACUGAGGAUUGAAUCCCUGCUUCGACCCUCUGCGACUACUUGGUGUCCGUCUGAGUAACCGUGUCCCGACAUGUGCUGUGCUUCCCCAGGGCCAUGGGGGAGGUGCAUGGGCAGCGACUGCGGACCCGGGGGCAGCCAGAGCCGCGCCGUCUGGUGCGCCCACGUGGACGGCUGGACCACCCUGCACACCAACUGCGACCAGGCCCAGCGGCCCUCCAACCAGAGGAACUGCUUCCGCGUGUGCGACUGGCACAAGGACCUGUACGACUGGCAGCUGGGCGCCUGGAACCAGUGCGUGCCCGUCUCGGCGAGGGCCAACGGAGCCCCGCAGCUGGCGCUUUGCCACGGCGGCGAGGAGGGGACUCAGCUGAGGGAGGUGGGCUGCGCGCUCCGGGCGGACGGGUCCCCCGCGGACGACGCCAUCUGCGAGUACUUUGAGCCCAAGCCCCGUCUGGAGCAGGCCUGCCUCAUCCCCUGCCCGCAGGACUGCGUGGUCUCCCAGUACUCGCCCUGGACCUCCUGCUCAAAGACCUGCGGCACCGGCCUCAAGAACCGCGUCCGCAGCGUCCUGGUGCCCCCCAUGUUCGGGGGCGCCGCCUGCCCCAACCUCACCGAGUUCCACACCUGCAGGCCGGGCCCUUGCUCCACCCCUGAGGGGGUGUACAGCCUCCGGAUCGGGCCCUGGGGCCCCUGUGCCCUGCCUCUGACCCGGCCCGCCCGCCAGGCCAAGCGGCGGAGGGGCAAGGGCCCGGGGGGCAGGGACAAGGUGGGUCUCAAAGACCCGGAGGCCCGGGAGCUGAUCCAGAAGAAGCGGACCAGGAACCGGCUGAACCGGCAGGAGAGUCCCUUCUGGGACAUCCAGGUGGGGUACCAGACCCGUGACGUGACCUGCAACCACUGGAACGGGACCACCGUGGAGCUACACGAGUGCACGCCCAUGGACCUCCCGCACACCGUCCAGUCCUGCCUCCUCCCCAAGGACUGCCAGCUGAGCGCCUGGAGCGCCUGGGGCCCCUGCUCCAACGCCUGCUCGGACCCCGAGGCCCCCGGCGGGGCCCGCUCCCGGGGCCGCAGCGUGCUCCAGUUCGCCAUCGGCGAGGAGGGGGUCCCGUGCGAGGCCCUGGGGGAGACGGAGGCCUGCGAGCCGCCAGGGGAGGGCCCGCUGCCGCCGUGUCCCACGUACACCUGGCGUAGCACCGAGUGGAGCGACUGCCGGGUGGACCUGUUGCUAAGCCAACAGGACCGUCGGCGCGGCAACCAGACGGGCCUGUGUGGCGGGGGCCUGCAGACCCGGGAGGUGUACUGCGUCCAGGGCAACGCCGAGAUCCUCACCUACCUCAGCGACCUGCGGGACAAGGACAGAGCCUCCCCCCCGGUGCAGAACCAGCUGUGCCAGGGUCCCGUCCCCAGCCGCUCCCAGCUGUGCCACCUCCCCUGCCCCACCGAGUGCCAGGUGUCCCCCUGGGGGGCCUGGGGGCCCUGCACCUUCGAGAACUGUGACGACCAGGCGGGGAAAAAAGGCUUCAAGAUACGGAGGAGACGGGUCACCAACGCGCCCACUGGGGGCCCGGGGAGCUGUCCCCACCUCCUGGAGGCGGUCCCCUGUGAAGACCCCCGCUGUCACGACUGGCGCCUGGUCAGCCUGGACCGCUGUCGCCCUGACGACGGCAAGCCCUGCGGCCCGGGGGCGCAGACCCCGCAGAUCCAGUGUGUGAACAGUAGCGGUGGGGAGGUGGACAAGAGCCUGUGCUCGUCCAGCCUGCCCCCGGAGCUGGUGCCCUGCCUGGUGCCCUGCUCCAGGGACUGUGUGCUGAGCGACUGGACCCCCUGGUCCAGCUGCUCCCAGACCUGCUCCAGUAAGACCAUCGAGGGGAAGCAGAUGAGGACGCGCUCCAUCCUGGCCUACAACGCCGGGGAGGGGGGGGCGCCGUGUCCAAACUGCAGCGCUCUGCAGGAAGUGAGGAACUGCAACGAGCACGCCUGCACCGUGUACCACUGGCAAACGGGCCCCUGGGGGACCUGCACGGAGGACCCCAACGCCGGGACCACCAACAGCACCGUAGGCGAGGACCUGACCUCCUGCUCCACGGGCGUCCAGACGCGCAAGGUCAUCUGUGUCCGGGUCAACGUGGGACAGGUCCCGCCCAAGAAGUGUCCGGAGGGCCCCCGUCCAGGCACCAUACGCCCGUGCAGCCUGCCCUGUAAGAAGGACUGCAUCGUGACCCCAUUCAGUGACUGGACCUCCUGCCCCCCCACCUGUGACACAGCGGUGAGCUCUGUGAAACAGAAGCAGACUCGGAGCCGGCUGGUCAUCCAGUUUCCCGCCAACGGAGGCCAGGACUGUCCUGAACCCCUGGAGGAGGAGAGGGACUGUGAGGCCCCCAAGGUCUGCCCCGGCUACAGGUGGAAGACCCACAAGUGGAGGAAGUGCCAGCUGGUGCCCUGGUUCCUGCGUCAGUUCAGCCCAGGGGCCCAGGAGUCCUGCGGCUCGGGGCUUCAGACCAGAGCGGUGUCGUGCCGGCGUCUGGACGGGGCGGCGGCGGAGCUGGCCGAGUGUCUGCUGCAGGCGCGCUCCAUGCCCCCGGCCACCCAGCGCUGUGUGAUCCCCUGCCAGGACGACUGCCAGCUCACCAGCUGGUCCAAGUUCACCCCCUGCUCCGCCGACUGCGUGGGGGUCCGCACCCGCAAGAGGGCCCUGAUCGGCCGCAGUAAGAAGAAGGACCGCUGUAAGAACGGGCAGAUGUACCCACAGAGCGAGACGCAGUACUGCCCGUGUGACAAGUACAACGCCCAGCCGGUGGGGGAGUGGUCCGACUGCAUCCUGGCGGGCGCGGCGGCGGCGGCGGCGGCGGCGGGGGCGGGGGCGGGGGCGGGGGGCCGCCCUGAGAGGCUGCCGGGCCUCAGGGUGCAGGCGGAGGUCCGGGAGUGCGGUCAGGGCUACCGCUACCAGGCCAUGGUGUGCUACGACCAGGACGGACGGCUGGUCGAGACGUCACGCUGUAACAGCCACGCCGGCGAGCUGCCGUUAUCUCUGACCUCCACAGACUUCAGGGGGAGGAUGGAGAAGGAGAGCUUAGCUAUCGCAGAGGCCGCCGCUCUGAGUAGAGGCGGGGAGGAGGCCCCCCCUGCUCUGCACGUGUUUCACAGACAAACACACUCACACAGAGGUGUGCAUGUACACGCAAACAAUGAGACCCAGACACACGAGACCACACACACACAACCAUUGCAGCACCACCACCUCACCCCAGCCUGUCUCCCCCCCCUCCCCCCCCAGCCGUGCACCCGGAUGCUGAGCCGAGUGCGCACAGCCUUCACCAUCAGAGCGCCCAGCAUGGGGCGCCAGUGCCCCGAGACCACCGACGCCGAGGCCUGCGCUCUCAACCUCAACUGCUUCAACUACUUCUACAACAUCACAGACUGGAGCACGUGUCAGCUGAGUGCGAGUGCCGUGUGCGGUACCGGGACCAAGACCCGGAUGUUGGACUGCGUCCGGAGCGACGGCAAAUCAGUGAACCUCAAGUUCUGCGAGGAGCUGAAUCUGGACAGGAAGUGGCAGAUGAACACUUCCUGUGUGGUUGAGUGUCCGGUGAACUGUCAGCUCUCUGAGUGGUCCGUCUGGUCAGAGUGUUCUCAGACCUGCGGUUUACAAGGGAAGAUGUGGCGCCAGAGGUCUGUGGUCCAGGCCCCCCAGGGGGACGGCCGGCCGUGCUCCCCCCAGAUGCAGCAGUGGAAGCCCUGCCCCGCCAGACCCUGCUACCAGUGGCAGCACGGCGCCUGGUCCGAGUGCCGGGUGGAGGGGGAUGUGGCGUGUGGCCACGGGCUGCGCCACAGGAACACCUCCUGCUUCGUGUCCGACGGAUCGGGCCGCGCCCCCCCCAGCCUGGUGGAGGAGGAGCUCUGCAGCGGCCUCCAGGCCGUCGCCGACGGCAACAAGGAGAUGAGGCUCGUGGAGAGCUGCACCCUGCCCUGCCCAGGAGAGUGCUACCUGAUGGAGUGGUCGGAGUGGAACCCGUGUGUGAGCGUGUGCGCUAAGGAGGCGGGGGUGGACUUCGGCUCGGUGCAGGUGCGAGUCCGGCCCGUCAUGGCUCAGGAGCCCCAGAACCUGCAGCUGUGCCCGGACCAGGCCUGGGAGUCCCGUCCCUGCACAGACGGGGCCUGCUACGAGUACACCUGGAAGAGCGUCCGCAAGACCAACUCCACAGAGUUCAACACCUGGUGCCAGCGCUCCGAUGGGGUCAACGUCACAGGCGGAUGUCCUCCGAUCAAUCCGCCCGGAGACAACAGCUCCUGCGACCCCCCCUGCCUCAGCCCCAAGUCCUUCUGUAGCGAGGCAGCGCUGUGCCAGUGCGAGGAGGGCUACACGGAGGUGUUGUUCUUCACUGGCCAGCUGAACCACUGCGCCCCCAUCCCCGUGGUGGAGGUCCCCACGGCGGGGGACAAGAAGGGCGACGUGAAGACCAGCCGGGCGGUGAACCCCACUCCGCCCAGCACCAUCCAGCCGGGCCGGUCGGGACGCACCUGGUACCUGCAGCCCUACGGACAAGAUGGGAAGCUGAAGAUGUGGGUGUACGGCGUGGCGGCGGGGGCCACGGUGCUCGUCCUGUUCAUAGCGUCUAUGAUAUACCUCGCGUGCCGCUCUUGUGCCAAGGUGAGGCGGGCCCUCAAGGCUGAGGAGGCCCCCUGCAACGGGGCAGUGGUCUGGAUUGGCGGUGACGCCCACGAGCUCACCUACACCUGUCCCGAGUGCCAGCAGUCGGCCCACAGCGAGGCUGUAGACUAAACACACCUAUAGGACCUCCUUAUGGGGACCCUAGCGUGGGUCGGUGACAUCUGACCCUCCGCUGCUCUAAAAGUCCAACCGUGACCUUUGCUCCCCUGCUGCUCUAGGGGUCCCGCCCUGAGUGGCUGAGAGCCUGUGGUGGAACAGGUAAAACACGUCGGACGUUUGUAGUGAGGGCUAGAGUAGUAGUAGAUGACUAAAGAGUGUGUGUUGUUGUCCCCAGUGCUUCUUAGUCAAGCGAGUGAACUGCAAACUGACUUAGGUUAGGCUUCUGAGGCCGGCUUAAGCCACUUCAAAAAGCUAGGCUCAUUGAUAUAUGAGUGAGUUUGUUUAGUAUACAAUACUUUUGCCUAAGUGUGUACUUGUAUUAAGUUUCCGUCUUUAAAUGUAUACCAUUAAUAGUACUUUAUAUGUAUACUUUGGCGAUUUGGAUUUUGUUUGCAUCAACCAAGUAGAUUCAUUUGAAAGCUUUCGAUGCAUCGCUCUGUUCAUCUAAUUGUUCUCUCCACAUUUACGCCACCACAGACAAAGGCACUAGUUGUGAAUCAGGUCAACAAUUUAUUAGAUUGCCUAAAGUUCAUGCACACCAACGAGCCUGAGAUCCAUGGCAGCUAAAGCCAGUGGCUCCCUGACGACGGCCCCCGCAGCGAACCCAACCCCCGGCGGUAAUUAGUGCUCUCUAGACCUCCGGUUUGCGGCGUCACAAACCUAAUCCCCGUCGCUCUCCGCGGGCCUAUCGCUGCCUCCGCUUUAUUAAUACGAGGUAGGAUAAACACACGGUACUAAUGAAGUGGAGCUAUAGAGAGUCUGCCGAGGAAAGGGUCUAAAGGACACGCGAGUGGGGAGGGAUUAAACCCGAAACCACAACAACAGCAACAACACAACUUUAUUCAAAUUUGUGCCGACACGUGCGACUUCUUCACUUCGGGUCUCUAGCGGCGGGUAGAGGUGAGCUCCGGGAAACGCGAGCAAACCGACCUAAAAAAAACACCUUUUAAAAAAAUAAAAGGAGGUGCGACUUUAUGUUUAGAAACAUCUCCCGAUCGAGAAGUGAUAAUAAUACCUGUCGUCACGGUAACACGUCGGUGCCGACGCUGCAUGUAAAUGAAGCGCCUCACACACCCACCGCGCCUCCAGCAGAGCCAGAGACACAACUCUCUGCACCAUCUGGGCCCUCGCUUGCUCCCUUUGCCUCAUCAUGGAAGUCGGAUUACGAUAUUUAUACAUUGUUUGUAUUCAGGCGGUACACCUUCUUCGGCGCUGCUUAGACGUGGCCAUAUGGGCUGCAGACAGCAUCGCUUGUGGGAUUUAAACUUAACUUGUUUGAAAAGAGUCUGAAAGAAGCUGCUGGUGUAGAUUAGUGGGUAGGUAUGCAGUUACGUGCGUGUUGUCCGUCCUCGUAACCGCCGUCACCCUCACUUCCUGUGCGUAACUCUGUCUUUGUUACCAUGACCCACGUCGCAUCCCCUGUUUACUUUGAUCUUCCCACUCCCUGUUACCCGGUUACCCACAUCCCUGGUACCAUGUCACCCAAUCCUCGUUACCAUGGAACCCCCCCCCCAACAGAGCCCCAUGCAGAGUUUUGGAUACAACACAACAAAGCCUACUAAUAAUAAUUAGUAUUAUUAAUAAUUUCCCAUGAUUCCAUGCCAUAACCCUCCCUUUGCAUCUGGUUGCCAAUGGCUACUGAUCUCAUUCCUCUAGGGUCGAGCUAAUUCGGUAAAUGGAUCAAACAGAUGCAAAGAGGUCAAACCUCCUCUUAGUGCCUCGAACUCCACGACUGCAUUGGUAGGAGGACAGUAGUUACAACAAAUGGUCGACUGACUGUUUCUUAACUUUUUUUCC